CUUCAUUUUCACAUCUUAGCUUAAUUCUAUAAGUACACACCCUAACUUUCCCACCAUUCAUUCCUCCCCAAGAAAAAUUUUAUAGCUGAAGAAAGGGGGAAAAAAAGGAAAAAGAAAACUUCAGGGGCGACCUGCGUAACACAGUGAAAAAAUGGCUACUCGGAUCGGAUUAGGAUUAAUUGGUUGCUUGAUCAUCGCCGCCAGUCCACUGGGCGGUGCAGCCGCCGAUACGCACAACGUGGGAGGUGGUUUGGGGUGGACUAUUCCUCCCCUUGGUGAUAUUGCAUACAAAAACUGGGCUGCCAGAGAAAAUUUUGAAGUUGGGGACAAUCUAGUAUUUACAUGGAACAACACCCACAACGUUGCCAAAGUAUCCAAGGAAGAGUUUGAUAACUGCACAUCAUCAAACGGCCCAAUUCAGACCACCAGCCCAGCAAACUUCACCAUUGACUCCAAUGGCUCCAGCUACUUCAUCUGCACCGUCAACAACCACUGCCGCCUUGGCCAAAAGCUCGAAGUCACCGUCGACUCAUCAGCUUCAGCUCUUGCCACCACUGCCUUGUCUGUAUUUCUCUUGGCCAUGGCCAUCUCUUUCUUGAGCUUUAUGUGAUUCUCACCAUAUUUACAGCAAAUUUCUUGUGUGUUUUUUAUUUAUGUUCUAUUGACAUACUUCAUUUUUAUCUUUUGUCAAAAUCUUUAGAUUAAGAAAUAAGGGUUACAACUCGG